CGCUAACUGUUAUUUGUGGAGUCUAAAAUUACACAGUGGGCGUGAAACAUCCCCGCGUCUGCCAGGAGGGGCUGUAAUUGGGCUGCGAGAGCUGCGGGUUAAAAGGCGCGGAGCAGACGCUCCGCAAACAGCUUCAACUAGCGCCACUUUCUCCACUACCUGUUGGCUUCCUGCUGGGACACAGAGGAGGAAAGAGACGAAGGCUUUCCGGGCAGACAUAUCCCACUUAUCCCAGGACACGGCGACUCUCUUUCGGACGCUUCGAGCCAGUCCUCCGCGGUCAGCUGAGCCGCGUCCACACAAGAGGAAAUCUUCCUUUAAAAAUAAAUAACACUGAACAGGGGUUCAGCGAAGAUGCUACUUCCUCUGAUAAUCCUGCAGCUGCUUCUGGCUCCAGCAUUCAUGCUGCCCAGUGUGGAUUACUGGGACUCCUGGGGUCUUUACGGUGAGUGCAGUCGUAGCUGCGGCGGCGGUGUUACCAUGAGAACAAGACGCUGCGUCACCCAGAGGACAGAUGGUGGACACAACUGUGUGGGACCAGACAAGUCUUAUCGCAUCUGCAACAUCCAGGAUUGUCCAGAGGGAUCCAGAGACUUUCGGGAGGAACAGUGUUCCCAGUUUGAUGGGACUGACUUCCAGGGAAAACGCUACAAGUGGCUCCCAUACUACGGAGCGGAGAAUCCCUGCGAGCUGAACUGCAUGCCGAGAGGGGAAAACUUUUACUACCGCCACCGCAGCUCCGUCGCUGACGGUACCCCAUGCCACCCGGGACGGAGGGAUAUUUGUGUGGGCGGAGUCUGUAAGCGCCUGGGCUGUGACAACAUGCUGGAGUCUUCCCAGCAGGAAGACCCCUGCCUGCAGUGUGGGGGCAGCGGCCAGUCCUGCCACCUUGUCAAGAACACCUUCAACGCUCGCAACCUGCCAGCUGGCUACAACCAGAUGUUCAUCAUCCCUGUCGGAGCCACGACCAUCAGCAUCAGAGAGACGACGGCGACGCGGAACUACCUCGCCAUCAAGAACCUGCGUGGCGAGUACUACCUCAAUGGCCACUGGGUAAUUGAGUUUUCCAGGGCGACACCCAUUGCCGGGACCAUGCUCUACUACCAAAGAGGCGCCGAGGGCGAAAACGUACCCGAAACCAUCAUCGGCCGCGGUCCUACCACUGAACCACUUGUUGUUGAGCUGAUCAGCCAGGAGACUAACCACGGCAUCGAGUACGAGUAUUACCUUCCAAAUGGCCGUUCCAGGCAGGGCUACUACUGGAGCUCUGGAUCAUGGUCUUCUUGCAGCAAAGAGUGUGGAUCAGGCUAUCAGUCCCGCUUGGUCUUCUGCUCGAUCGACAACGAAGCCUAUCCUGACUACCUCUGUGCUUCUCUGCCAAGGCCACAAUCAAACCGCACCUGCAACCCCCAUCAGUGCCCACAGACCCAAAGCUGGAGAACUGGGGAGUGGAACGCCUGCUCUGUGACCUGCGGUGGGGGCUCUCAGCUGCGCCCCGUGCAGUGCAUGCUGCACGAUGCGUCUGGCCCCCAGGUGGUGGAGGACGCCGUUUGUGCCGCCUACGCCGACGCACCUCCCUCUCUGCGGACCUGCAACAUGCACAAAUGCGCAGAGUACCGUGUGACCGGAUGGAGCUCGUGCUCAGUGAGCUGCGGGUCAGGCGAUCAGACCAGAGAGGUCACCUGUGUGGGAUCAGGUGGCACCAUGUUAGAAGAACCAUCCUGCAGGACUUUGCUCCGCCCACCUUCCGUCCAGCCGUGUGAGAUGCCCGCUUGUCCCAAACAGAUCCAUUGGCAUGUGGGAGCAUGGGGGCUGUGCUCCAGAAGCUGCGGUUCUGGCUCACGAGAGCGCCAGGUGAUCUGCUCGGAUCAGGAGAGGAACCUCUAUCAUGUGGACCAGUGCAACGCUCACCCCAAACCCUCCACAAUGGAGCGCUGCAACACCCAGCCAUGCUUCAGUCCACAGGUCGUCCCCAGCAUCCAGAACCCGCGAGGACACGACCGCGCUCAGACUAGCUUCCAGCCCUACGUGCCAGAUCUUUCAACAGCCCGCAGGCCAGAGACCAGAGACCCCACCCAGAGGAACACGGUGCGGGACCCUCACAAUUUCUCCCCGGCCCUCCACUGUAGCCAGUCCAUCUAUGGCUGCUGCCCGGACGGACGGACCUCAGCCAGGGGCCCCCAGGGCCAGGGCUGCCCGCAGACUCCAACUCCCACUCCUGCCCCGUCGUCCUGCUACCAGACAAGUUACGGCUGCUGCCAGGAUGGUGUGAGAGCUGCUCAGGGCCCCAACAGAGAGGGUUGCUUAGAGUAUGUGGCCCCUGCGCCUACGGUUUCUUCUCUACCAACUGAGAAUGCUGUAGAGUGCCGCACCACCACUUACGGGUGCUGCUAUGAUCGCAAGACACCAGCAGGGGGCCCUAACGGCGAGGGCUGCCCCAACCCACCCAACCACAUCGAGCAGUCCAUCUGCUCCCUGCCUCGUGCCGCCGGCUCCUGCAGCAGCUGGGUGGCACGGUACCACUUUGACGUCGUCACCUCCAAGUGCGCCCACUUCUGGUACGGCGGUUGCCACGGCAACAGCAACAACUUCAUGAGCCGGGCGGAGUGCCAGCGGGCGUGUCAGGUGUCGGCACCCAGCCAGCAGCGGCCUCAGCCGGUCGCGCCCGUCGGACGCCCGACGCCCGCGAGGGAACCUGCUCUCGAAAGAACCGCGCCCAGAGGGUCGCCCGACGCCCAGUCACCCGACAUGGGCCGCACUUUCACGGCGCAGGGCGGCUCGCCCAGCGACUCCAGCAGACACGGCACUAGCGCAGCCAGACACGCCCACAGAGCUCGGGUGUAUCUGAGGCCGCGCCGGCCUUCGACUGGAGCGCGGGCUCAGAUGACCGGGCCAGCUGCCAGUUUGACCCUGGCAGGUGUUAGCAUUGAUAAGAGCGACCCAGACAAAGUGGAGGCCUUAGUCGGCCAGACGGUGGUGCUGCCCUGCAGAGUCAGCCCUCCGCCUUCGUCGACCGUCGUCGUGGAGUGGAGAAGAGAUGGGAUCUCUCUGUCGGCUCAAAGACAUCACCAGCAGCCCAGUGGCUCCCUGUUGGUCGGUCCUCUUGUGACGUCAGACUCUGGCUGGUUCUUGUGCUUCGUCACUCGAGAACGGGAGAGAGAUCACCGCUACAUUUACCUGUCUGUCUCAGAGGCCCCGCCUCAGCCUUUCCCGACGUUCCUGCCUAAAGAUGGCCCGAUCCCCAGGUUCAGCAUCGAUCAGUCAAGCCCAUCGACAAUAGAAAUGCGAACAGGUCAAGCCGUCAGACUCCCCUGCACCAUCGUCCCAGCUGCAGCUCUGCAGUCUGUCAGUAUUCAGUGGACCAAAGAUGGAAAAACCCUCAGUGACUCCAGGAUUACCCAGCAUGCUGAAGGCACGUUGGCGAUCAGCCCUCUGAGGUCUGACGACUCCGGGGUCUACACAUGUACAGCUGCCAGCCAGCAGCAGCUGGAGCAGAGGCAACUGCAACUCAGGGUCCAGGCCGACUUGAAGAUUACCACAGCUCCCAACAACAUCCAGGUGUCUGAAGGCAGCACAGCUCUGCUGCCCUGCGUCGUGUCCGGAGACAACGUCAACAUCGGCUGGUCCAGGAACGGAGUGCUGGUGCGUCCAGACGGCCGCAACAUCCUGGUAUCGUCUGACGGCAGCCUGAUAAUCAAUAACGUGAAGAGCUCUGAUGAGGGAACCUACACCUGUAAUGCCUACACAGGCAUUUAUUCUGUGAGCGCCACAGCUGAAGUCAGGGUGAUAAAAGACUCACAAGGUGUUGAUGUGCUGCCAGGCUGUGUGGACCAGCCUGAACUCGCCAACUGUAAACUCAUAGUCUACGCCCGCCUGUGCGACCAUCAGUACUAUUCCGGCUUCUGCUGCGCCAGCUGUGCCAGGCACGCGCCAAAGAACGGCAGGACUGGCCGGCAUGUCUUUUGAUACGCUGACCUUUCGCCUUUGAACUUCUGCAUUUGCCAAAUGGAAUUAAAAAUAGGGACCAGACUGCGCAGAAUUAUUUUUAUUUUAGAAAAGACCCGAUGAACGAGGAGUUCUACGGUCAGCACUUUGCUCAGAUUGCCCUCUGCAUUAAGCAACAUGAAACCUUAACAUGAAACAUCCCAUAAUAUGAUGAGGAGGCACUGAAAAUAAGCUAUCUACUCACUGGACUUAUGCUUUCUCUGUUUUUUAGAGAAUCUAAUAACC